ACAAAAAAUAAUUCUUUUUUUUUUUUAUUAUACCGUAUUCAUCCUGCACAACUUUGCAAUUUCGUUACUCACGAUGGAAAACGAGGAACAUUUGUGACUGUAAUAUUUCAAGAUGAAAGUGGGACAGUUAUUAAAAUCUUUAUUUUCGCGAUUAAUUUUUUUCAUCCACGGAAUGAUUUCUGUUUACCUUUUGUACAGCAACACUAGGAAGGUUGAAUACUGGGCAAUUGCGACACCCCUGGUAUUUUUACUUGUUGAAAUAGCAUACACAAUUGGAUACCGUAGAGGAAUGGAAUAUCGUUAUUUUUGGCCUAGUGGUUUCUUAUAUAUCAUGACCAUGAUACCGAUUAUUUGGUUUAUGGAGUUUGACCUUCUUGAAGAAAGAAUUAACGAAGAAAAAGGGGAGGAUAAGCCAACUGCUUACUUGAACGCUUUCAAGUUAGAUAACGAGGAAAUUGGAAAAAAAAUUUGCGAGUUAGGUUUGAUAAUUGUUUUGAUUACAGGACGUUGGCUAAUGCCAAGAGGAAAUAUAACACGUGAUCAGUUGUCUGCUUUGUUGCUAGGGUACGUCGGAAAUGCCGCCGAUAUAAUAGAGUUGUUUGAGACGUUCGAAGAGCCUGGUAUAAUAUAUGAACGGUCUGUCACUUCGGCCGUCAUUGCAGUGUACACGUGGUCAAUUUUCCAGUUUACAUUAGUUACCACGGCAACUAUUAAGGACAAGAAAAUGCUAGAAGAUGAUCUGGAGAAAAAAUUAUCACCUAAGAAGAAUAGGAUUGCUCCUAGCCAAAAGUUGUAUGGCCGUGAAGAAAAGAAAGAGAUUGACAUCAAAACAAAAUAUAUCGAAGAAAUACGAACAAGAAAAUCAUCCAAUGAGAUAAAAGGAGGUCGUGGAAGAGGCCGAAAGGGAUACUCUAAUAUGAAGGAAUCGAAAAUUAUUAAUGCAAGUUCAUCCCAACAGUUGGAUGAGAAGGUACGACGUCGAGCGUUGCAUGGAGAGGUCUUUCAAAUUUUAGUGACUCUACUUAUGCAAGAUGGCCCGUUUCUUAUUCUGCGUCUUUACUUGAUCAUACAAUACAACGUCACUAGUGAAAUGCACAUAUUUUUUACUUGUAAGAACGCGAUUGUGUCUAUUUUGCUCGUUUAUCGGUUAUGUAUUUUAACCUGUCGCGGGGAAGAUGUUGAAACGAAUUGGUACAAAGAAGAGGCAGCCGCAAAGCUUCAUAACGUCCAACUUGCCAUCAUGGCUGUUCACAUGGAGGAAGAGCAGGUCAACAAAAUUCGUGUGCAGUAACACUUAAUGGGUAUUGAUGAAAAAGUCUAGCAAAAGGAACAGCUCUUGUCCUGUUUGAUAAAUAAACAUUAAACCAAAACUUGGUAUGAUAAGUGUAGGCAUGCAACGCAAAAUUAAAUCGUAAUCGUUUCGUUAACCUUGCCUCAAGGGCGGUUUUUAUAUUGACACGGAACCUGAGGAAAUCCUAGUUUCGUCUCAAUAUAAAAACUUAAGUAACACUGGGUGAGGAACAGCUCUUGUCCUGUUUGAUAAAUAAACAUUAAACCAAAACUUGGUAUGAUAAGUGUAGGCAUGCAACGCAAAAUUAAAUCGUAAUCGUUUCGUUAACCUUGCCUCAAGGGCGGUUUUUAUAUUGACACGGAACCUGAGGAAAUCCUAGUUUCGUCUCAAUAUAAAAACUUAAGUAACACUGGGUGAGAAUUUGUGCUCUAACGUCAUUUUCGUCCUCACGGCUUUUCCUACAGCUAAAUCAAACUAACAAAGUGUUCUGUACAGCACGCUUCCAGCACCUUUUAGGCGUGUAAACCGUAGAAAUAAAGUUGGCUCUAGCGUUUUUUCCUCGCAAUUUCGUUCCCAAGGUUUCUUAUCUCUUUUUGGAUAUGUGGGAUACCGCUAACACGUAUCAAGAGCGAAAAAGAAGCCCUGUUGUGAGGAUGUUUUCUUUCCUAUUGCAAGUAUCAAAAUACAAAAACAACACUAAUUUAAAAAGUGCUACGUUAGAUUGUGUAUAACAUCGAAAUGUAUAUAUAUACAUUGUAUUGUAAAGUUAUCGCUUGUUACACAUUGCUAAGAGGCAUCAAUAGACUUA